AUGAGCAGCUUCCAUACUAGCUGUGAUUCAACUUUUUCUCCCUUCCAGCAUUCUUGGGCAUUUCCUCCCAAGCAAGAUGCUUUAUUCUCGAAGGAUUUGGUUCGUCAAUUUCCAUCUAUUCCGUUCUAUACUUUCAAAUUAUUAAUAGAUAGGACUUUAAAUCCUUACUUGAUCGAAUUUCUUCUUCCAGUUAAGAUUUUCCAAGCGGCUGGAUUAGGGCCAGCUCCUUCUUUCUGGGCGUCACACGUUGCUUCCAAGGGUGGUACCUGUAAAGGACAGAAACUUGGUGAACCUCGUUCCUCUGGUGUUUCAGGAAGGAUAAUUCUAGCCGGAAUUUUAACAGCAGCGGUGUUGCACCUUGUUACAAGGAUAAUAGCACGAGCAACUGUAGCUAAAGCACAGCUUUCGCCUUUCAUCGACUGUGUCUUUCAGCCAGUGGAUAGUAUGAUCACUCUAAUUCCACUACCGGCAGUGCUAUUGCUGUUUCUGCAAGAUUGGUUUUCUCGCUACACAUCACCGGCUGCUGAUUAUAGACUUAUUUUUUCUUCCUUCUACAUUAGUACCUUACGGAGCUUGGCUGCUAGUUGUCUCUUUGGCUAUUACAGCCUCAUGUUAAAGGAGGAUGUUGAAGUUAGAAAGCUAGCUCCUGGGUACUCUCAUACGGCGAUAAGUCGCUAG